AUUGUCCUUCCCACCACACACUUCACUUCUCCGGCUAUGGCCAAACUUGUCUUUCAACUCGAUAGCAAGCCUUCAUUCUUUGAAAGCAUCCUUGUAAGACCAGGUGGUACUCUCCUCCUCACUCGACAAGACACCAACGAAUUCUGGGAGGUCGACCCUAUCUCUGGCUCCGGGAACUGCAUCGCUAAAAUACCCAAUGUGGAGUCUCUAACAGGAUUCACACAAAUAUCGCCCGAUGUCUACGCAGUAGGAGCAGGAUCUUACCGAUUAGCGAACCACGAAGGAACCGUACCCGGAAGCUACAGCAUCUGGAUAGUCGACCUCUCAGAUACCCCCAACAGCGAGCCAAAGAUCCAUCUCGUCACAAAGAUCCCAGAGAUAGGACAGCUGAACGGCGUAGCUACCUGGGACUCUGAAACCAUUCUCAUCGCAGAUUCCUAUCACGGGAAAAUCUACAGAGCUAAUGUAACCAGCGGCACCUACUCCAUCUGCUUCGAGCACGAGACGACUACAGACCCUCCAGACACACCCCUCAAGAUGAGCGUAAACGGCAUCAAAGUCCGGCAAGACACUUCAGGCACCAGCUACAUAUACUACACCAACACCACGCGCCUUCUCUUCUGCCGUGUUCCCGUCGACACCAACAUCCGUCCAAUCGGUGCAGUCGAGGUCCUUGCUUGUGGUUUCGUGCCCGCUGAACACGCCGUCGGCACUGCCUUCGAAUCCAUCUCGUCUUCUAGCCAAGGAAAUACUGCUAUGCCGUGGUUCAUGCCGGAUGAUUUCUGCUUUUCGCGCAAUGGGGAUACAGCGUAUAUCGCGUCGCAUCCCACGAAUAUGGUGUUUAAGACGGAACUUGAGGGUAGUGGUGGGACUUCUAGGAUCGCGGGAGGGUUGAAGGAGUGGGAUGUUGCUUCUGGUACAGCUUGCGCACUUGGGGUAGGGGAGGGAGGGGAGGAGGUUUUGUAUGUGAGUACGGCGGGGGCGAAUGAGCUGCCUAUUGUAGGGGAGACGGAGGCGGCGAAGGUAGUGGCCAUUGGGGGUUUAGCAGGGUCUUGA